UAAGUGGAAAGCACAUAACCAAAAUCGUAUUUAAUCAAUAUUUCCAAGUAACCGUCCAAAAAGAAAGAGGAAGUUUGUAGCCAAAUCUCAACCUCUGCGUCUCUAUCUACAAUAUGACUUGCCUCCCAACCAAACAAUGGUUUUAGAAAUUUGUGGUACCAAAACUUAGAAUUUUAAUAUGCUUCAAAGGCAGAAACAGUUCCACGUAGUCACAAAAAUUUUCCAAAAUGAAGCCAUAGUUUCCCUUCAGAGAAUCCCUUUAGAAUAAACCUCAAUGUUAACAUAAUCCCACUCGGCUUCUGUGUCCAUCACACCAUUGUCUUUUCUUCCUUUUUCCUCUUUUUUCUCUCCACAGAUUCUUGGCCUCUAUUUCAACUCACACUUCUCAAUAUUUUGCCACCCAUAAUUCUUCUCUAUUGGUUUCUUCUUCCUCCCUUCCAAUGUCCAUCUUAGCUCAAAACAAGUUCCUUCUGAGCUCCCGAUCCCAUGUUAACCCAUGCAGCACUCCGAUUCCGCGCAGAGUUUUCUACUGCAUAGCCAACUCUACGGUCAAUGUUGCUGCUGGUGCUACGACCACCAAUCCGAAGCAUGCCGAUGGCCAAUUACUCAUUGAACGUGAGGUUAUAUCUCCUACUCCACUUACAUUGGUCAAUUCCUCCACCUAUUAUUCUGUUCUUAAUGACCCGAGUUUACGAUCAACCUGGAGUCAUCGUGCGUGGGUAGCCAGUGGGUGCACCACGGUGCUCGUCUCUUUGGCAAAAUCAAUAGUAGGCGCAGCCAGUUCACAUAUCUGGCUUGAGCCUGCUUUAGCAGCAUUGGUAGGCUACAUUUUAGCUGACCUUGGAUCUGGAGUUUAUCAUUGGGGCAUCGAUAACUAUGGCAACGUGUCAACUCCAAUUUUCGGCACCCAAAUAGAAGCAUUCCAAGGUCAUCACAAGUGGCCAUGGACAAUCACGAAGCGUCAGUUUGCCAACAAUAUGUACGCCUUGGCACGAGCUGUGACCUUCGCCGUACUUCCUGUAAGCCUUGCAUUUGAUGAUCCCAUUCUACAUGGUUUCGUUGGUGUGUGCUCAGGUUGCAUAAUGUUUAGCCAACAGUUUCAUGCAUGGGCUCAUGGUAAAAAGAGUGAACUACCACCACUGGUGGUGGCAAUGCAAGAUGCUGGCCUGCUUGUGUCACGAAGGCAGCAUUCUGCACAUCAUCGUCCACCAUAUAACAACAACUAUUGCAUAGUAAGUGGAAUUUGGAAUAAGAUUUUGGAUGAAACAAAGGUUUUCGAGGCAUUGGAGAUGAUCUUGUUCUUCAAACUUGGGGUGAGACCAAGAUCUUGGACUGAGCCUAAUUCUGCAUGGACUGAAGAGACUGAGAUUAUAGAACAAACUACAGCCCAUUAACCACAUUCUUCUUUCAUUCAUAUUAUGCUUUUCCUUGUAGAAUGGAAGGAAACAAAAUUGUUCAUUUGAAAUAUCUUCAAACGUAAACUAUAUAUGAUGUUUUGUUAUU